CAUGUCCAACACUAGCGUUCACCAUCACUUCCAAAACACCGACCAUCUGUGUGAUUUACGCGGGAAGCGUCUCCGGAAAUAACUUGAGAUUUCCAGAUAAACUAAGGAACAUGGUCGAGCGUAUUGAGGAUUUAAACCUGCCCAAUGCCGUGAUUGCACGGCUCAUCAAGGAGUCACUGCCCGAUGGGGCCAACGUGAGCAAGGAGGCCCGAGCAGCAAUCGCCCGGGCAGCGUCUGUUUUUGCCAUUUUUGUGACUUCUUCCUCUACGGCGCUGGCACACAAGCAAAACCACAAAACCAUCACGGCCAAGGACAUACUGCAGACCCUCUCCGAACUGGACUUUGAAAGUUUUGUCCCGUCGCUGACACAGGACUUGGAGGUCUAUCGCAAAAUGGUUAAGGACAAGAAGGAGAGCAAGGCCAACAAAAAGGAUGCGAGCACCAGCGAAAAGGCCAGCAGCAGUGUAGCCACCGAGGAGGCGGCCGAGUGACGGCCUGGCACUUCUCAUACUCUAAUAGUUUAAGUAUCUAGAUUAAUAAGCUUAAAGUAAGCCAUAAUCAUUGUCAUUUCAUAAGAACCAUUGUUUUAUCAUUGCCCGGUUUGUGGAAUGAAUGUUUAGCUCCCAAGCAGGGAAAUGAAUUUUCAUUUUAAUAAAACUUUCAUCAAAUAAAAGAACAGAUAAACAAGA